GGAGUUUUGAAAAACAAAUGGUCAAUCCUCUACCUCUUGCUGAACCUUAGUGAGGAUCCUCGCAAGCAAGCCAGCAAGGUAACUAGCUAUGCUUCGUUAUUUGCACAAGCAUUACCAAGAGAUGCUCACUCGACGCCUUACUACUAUGCCAGGCCUCAGACCCUCCCCCUGAACUACCAGGACCGCAGCAUACAGGCACAGAGCUCUGGCAGCUUGGGCAGCAGCGGCAUCAGCAGUAUUGGCAUGUGUGGCCUCAGUGGACCCACCCCUGUGCAGCCUUUCCUCCCUGGACAGUCUCAUCAAGCUCCAGGAGUUGGUGAUGGCCUUCGACAGCAGCUGGGGCCUCGUCUUGCGUGGACUAUGACUACAAAUCAACCUUCUUCACAAACCCCUACCUCCAAAGGUUUCCCAAAUGCUCUUUCUCGCAACAUCACCACCCGGUCAAGGAGAGAAGGGGAUCUAAGUGGCACAUUGGAAGUUACUGAAGCAGCUCUUGUGAGAGACAUUCUCUACGUGUUCCAGGGCAUUGAUGGCAAAAACAUCAAAAUGAGCAGCACUGAAAACUGUUACAGAGUGGAAGGGAAGGCGAACUUAAAUAAAUCUCUGAGGGACACAGCAGUCCGGCUUGCUGAGUUGGGAUGGUUACAUAAUAAAAUCAGAAAAUAUGCUGACCAGAGGAGUCUGGACCGCUCAUUUGGACUUGUAGGUCAGGUAUGUUCAUCAUUGUGGGUUUGA